ACUCCAUUCCCACCCAAGGAGGUCUCUGUCGCACACAUACGGCUCUCUGUCGCACGCAUACGGCUCUCUGUCGCACGCUUAGGCUUUCUGUCUUUCCGUCUGCCGCUCGCGUACGUACACUGUACACAGUACACACCACAAUCAUUUUCUUCGUAUUCCUUGCGAUGUCUCAUCCCGUGUUGCGUGCUCACGUCUCGCGUCGUAACGUAUCGUUUGCCGAUUUGGAAAUCGUUACCGUCGAAGAUUCAACCGCCGAAAGAUUGUGAAAAACGAUACCAUGGAAUGGUAGUGUGGAACUUCACUGUUACGGACCACCGCCGCCGCCGCCGCCGUCAUCGCCUCCGCCACCGCCGCCACGAUCACCAACGCGGCGACGACAAUGGACAACAGUUCGACCCAGGAGUUUGAGUUCCUUGAUUUCACAGAUAUCAAUGACAUGGAACGUGGUCGAUUGCUGCAUAUGCUGUAUUCUGCACGGAACGAGUCAUGGGUGUCUGGAGAAGAUGGAUUCAAACAUCCUGAUUUUCCAUGGACUUUUCGCGGUGCUCAACCUCAAACACUUCCUCCACCAGGUUUAAUGAACGAAGUAGGCAACAUCACACAUAUUUCUGAUUGGAAUACAGCAGCAGAUGAAUAUGACUGUGGUUAUUCGACAGUUAAUGGUGAUACAGAACCUGAGAAUGCUGUGAUGAUGAAUGGUGGGAAUUUUGUUCCUGGCCCUCCUCCACCAGUUUAUCAAAUGGUGCCAAAUCCUCCGGUGUAUAUGGGUAACGUACCUCCACCAGUACAUGGAUAUGUCCCAUCUCAAAUGUCGCCAUAUCAGCAACCAAUGUACCCUGGACCAGAACCUCCUAUGGACCCUAAUCUUAGGCGACCAAAUAUUUCCAGGAAUCCAAAAGGAAUUCCUCCUCUGCCCAAUGUGAAACGGAAUAAUGAUAUAGCCUAUCGUCAUCCAGACAAUAUGGAAAUGGCCAAUUAUCAAUCACCACCAACAUAUAUUGCUGUUCCUCCACAUUAUUAUUACUCGCCUCAAAAUAGUCCAUUAUAUUUGCCACCUCAUCAUGGACAUCCAACAUAUCCCAUGUAUACUCCACAUCCUACUUUAUACAAUCCAUACCAACAGCCAGGACCUGCUAUGUAUCAUUCACCACCAGCUGGUCAAGUACCUCAACAACCUCUUUUAGUCGAAUCAUGCAAACCUAAUGUCAAUCAAAUUCCAUCAGUGCAUAAUAUUUAUCCUCAAGUACCAGAUAACAUUAAUGAGUCUCAAGUGGACCCAGAAAUAAUAUCAAUACCACAAGAUAAAGAGGAAGAGUUACAAGUACAUCAAGACCAUGUGGAAGUUAUUGAAAUUGCACCAGCACCAGAGGAAACAAGAAAUGAACAAUCAGUUAUUGUAAGUGAAGUGCCUAUUGUAGAAUCAAUUCCUCCACCGGUUGAGUCUUGUGAAAAAAUUAAAGAACCAUUACCUGCUAAAUCAAAAAAAAAGAAAGAACCAGCCCCUAAUGUUUCUUCAGAUGUGAUACCAGAAAUCCAAAAACCUGAGAAAGAAGAAACUAAAACUGAAGAUGUUACUCCUGUUGUAGAAUUUAAAGAAGAAACUCCUUUAAGUCAAGAACAGGCUUCUUUACCAUCAAUCCCUUCUGUUGUAACACCCGAAGUUCAAGAAACUGAACCUGUAAAACCUGUUUUUAAAACAUGGGCAGGACUAUUUACUGGAUGUACUAGUACAAGUAGUGAUAAGGUUUUCACAUUACAUGGUAGUAGCCAACCAACUACCAAUACAAAUACAGAAUCCAUAAUUAUGCCAUCAAGAACUUUACCUGAUAAUUCAAUUCGGACUUCAGUAUUUAUUACCAAUAACAACCAAAAACAAACAUUACCAGUUAAACCUAGACCUUCAAGUAGCAACUCCAUGUCUAGUAUUGAUGAUAAUACUUUGUAUUUACAGAGAUUAGGUGAAUUCCUUUCGGUUUAUAAUUUGGAUCAUAAAACUGCUCAUCUACAACCUCGAGGCCUAACCAAUCGUAACACCCGUUGUUAUAUUAAUGCCACAUUGCAGGCUUUGUUAACAUGUCCUCCUUUUUUCAACCUCAUGAGAAGUGUACAAUUUAAACUCAAAAAUAGAAACAAUCGAGGACAGCAAAAAACCCAAACUCCUAUUCUAGAAAGCAUGGUUCAAUUUAUUGGAGAAUUUCAACAAUUAAGCAUUAAAAAUGGUAGAACUACUCAACAGCAACGUCAAGCUACAUCAGUCGCUACUCAAGAAACACCUGAUACUGGUCCUGCCUUUGAACCCAGUUAUGUUUAUAAAAUAUUACCAGCUUUUGAAGAAGGCCGCCAAGAAGAUGCUGAAGAAUUUAUGAGUUAUCUGCUUAAUGGAAUUAAUGAUGAAAUGAUUGAACUAAUUAAAAUGAGUAAAUCUAACAUAAGCAAUGGUGAAACUCAAGCUGAAGUUGAUGCUAUUGAUAAUAACAAUGAGUGGAAAGAAGUUAAUGGUAAACAUAAAAUGGUGACCAGAAGAACAGUUAUGGAAAAAACUCCAUUAUCUGAGAUAUUCCGUGGACAGCUACGUACUCGCACAGUAAAAAAUGGUGAAAAUGAACCGACUGAAAAUAUUGAACCUUUCUUCACACUUAAACUAGACAUUGAGAAAGCAAAAUCUGUUCGGGAAGCUUUGGACAUGCUAGUCAAUAAAGACACACUCGAGGGAUUGACUUGUCCUAAAACCAACCGCGAAGUAGACGCAUACCAACAAGUUACAAUUGAUGAAUUACCUUAUGUCUUGUUAUUACAUCUUAAGUGUUUUGAAUACAAGCAACAAAAACUGACUAAAAUUGUGAAAAAUGUUGAGUUCUCUGUUGAUCUUAAAAUUGAACCUAGGCUCAUAUCAAAAAAUUCUAAGAUCAACAUGAAAACAAGGCAGUAUAAACUUUUUGCAGUUGUUUAUCAUGAUGGUAAAGAAGCAAACAAAGGUCAUUACUUCGCUGAUGUAUUCUAUGUGGCACUUGGUAGAUGGUUACGAUUUGAUGAUGCGUCUGUACGUUUUGUCACUGACAAAGAAGUUUGUCAACCGAAACCCCCAUGUAUGCCAUAUUUGCUGUACUACAGAAGAAAUGACACAAUUGCUGCACUCUCAGCAUUUGAUAAUAAAGGCAGAUAGUUCUUUAUUUUUAGACAUUUUGGUAUGUAUUUUGCCAUGCCUGGGCUACUUGUGCAAAUUGCAUAAAUAUUUUUUUAAAACAUAAUUUUUUUUUAUUACUAUUAUUUAUGUUAAUUUAUUAUUUUUUUAGAUGUAUAGUUAUCAAAAUGAAAACCCCUUAGUGAGAUACAUAAUAUUUCUUAUGGAUAGAUAUUUAUACUUAGUUGGCCUUCAUAGACAUUGGGGGUUUUUUCUUUUUUCUCUAUGUUGAAGCAUAUUAACACAGGGUUACUUUAAAUAAAAAUGUUUUUAUUAUUAUUAUUAUUAUUUAUUAAAAUAUAAAUAAUAAUAAUAGUUGUAUUGUCAAAUGACAAUUUUGUUAGUUUUUCUCUUAAAAAAUACUGUCAUUUUUUUUUUUUUAAGGCGUAUUUAAAACGUGUUAAUGGUUAAGUGAAGUAUAGUUGUUUUUGCCUAUUUGUGCAAGGCGUUUGUAACAUAUUAUAAAUAUAAAUCAUACGAGACUAAAAUUACUAUUUUUUAUUA